GCAUGUCUAACUCGGACAGGGUUGUGUUAGUUCUCGGAGGAGCGGGCACGGUGGGCUCCGGGGUAGUUAAAGCGCUGCUGGACAAAGGGUUCAAAGUGGCAGUGAUCUCCAGGGACAGCAGCCGGCUGGAGAAGAUCCAAUCAUUUGUCUCCCCCAGCACGAAGGAUAACCUCACCACUAUAGUGGGGAAUGUUGGGUCAGAGGAGGGAGCAGAGCUGGCGAAGCAGGCCCUGCUGAAGGUGGUGGGGAAGGUGACGGACAUCGUCUCCUCUCUGGGCUUCAGUUGGUGGCAGGGCGGGCCCCCACACACUCAGUCUCUCAAGGACCUAGACUUGGUAAUUGAGACAUUACUUUUCAGCACGUUUGUGUCAUGGAAGGCCUUCUUCCCCUUAGUGAGGGACGACUCCAACUGUACCUACUCCUUCAUAACAGGGGGAGCAGGUGAGAAGUUGCUGAUGCCGGGUACCGGCUUCCUGACCGUAGGAGCCGCCAGCACCCUGGCCUUCUGCCAGGUACUGCGAGAGGAGUAUCCCGAGGUGCCUUGCAAACUCAACCAGGUGAAGAUCAACACUGGUGUGGCCACUCCGGAGCGCAUGGCACCUGGUAACCUGAACCACCUGGACCUGGGCGAGGCUGUUGCCACCCUCGUGGAAAGACGGAACACCUCCCACUCCGUCUUCACCAUCAACUGCCCUGCAGACUUAAAAACUGUCCUUCUGGAGAGGAACCUUUAGACUUCGAAACCUUUGCUCCCGCUGGGGUCUACAUGUUUUCUGAUCCCACUCUCGCUGAAACACAUUUACUGUCUUUUGGUUAAUUUGUUUUCUUCUCCCACAGCAGUUGAACCCCAUUAAUGCCUGACUUUAUGUGAAUUGGCUGUUGUUUCAGCUAAUACUGUAUAUUCAGCUCCCUGUUCUCAGAUUGUUAGCAACAGUUUUCUCUGCAUGUGCCGUUGUCUGAUAUUAAAAAAAAUAAGCAGCUGAUUUGUAA